GAGAGCUGAGCCUGCGGGGCUGGCCCUGGCCUGGUUGCUGCUGCCUGCGGCCCCCAGCUCAGGCUCCCUCCACCUCACAGUCCCCGGCUUUGGUGCUGCUCCUGGGCUGGCCUCUUCACUCCACUGAAUCUCUGGGCUCUCAUCUGUAAAAUGGGAGUGUUCAAGAAGGCCAGUCCGAAUGGAAAGCUCACCGUCUACCUGGGAAAGCGGGACUUUGUGGACCACAUCGAUCUCGUGGACCCUGUGGAUGGUGUGGUCCUGGUGGAUCCUGAGUAUCUCAAAGAGAGGAGAGUCUAUGUGACGCUGACCUGCGCCUUCCGCUAUGGCCGGGAGGACCUGGAUGUCCUGGGCCUGACCUUUCGCAAGGACUUGUUUGUGGCCAACGUGCAGUCCUUCCCACCAGCCCCCGAGGACAAGAAGCCCCUGACGCGGCUGCAGGAGCGCCUCAUCAAGAAGUUGGGCGAGCACGCCUACCCUUUCACCUUUGAGAUCCCUCCAAACCUUCCAUGCUCUGUGACACUGCAGCCGGGGCCCGAAGACACAGGGAAGGCUUGCGGUGUGGACUAUGAAGUCAAAGCCUUCUGUGCGGAGAAUUUGGAGGAGAAGAUUCACAAGCGGAAUUCUGUGCGUCUGGUCAUCCGGAAGGUUCAAUAUGCCCCAGAGAGGCCUGGCCCCCAGCCCACAGCUGAGACCACCAGGCAGUUCCUCAUGUCGGACAAGCCCUUGCACCUAGAGGCCUCCCUGGAUAAGGAGAUCUAUUACCAUGGAGAACCCAUCAGUGUCAACGUCCACGUCACCAACAACACCAACAAGACGGUGAAGAAGAUCAAGAUCUCAGUGCGCCAGUAUGCAGACAUCUGCCUUUUCAACACAGCUCAGUACAAGUGCCCUGUUGCCAUGGAAGAGGCUGAUGACACUGUGGCACCCAGCUCGACGUUCUGCAAGGUCUACACACUGACCCCCUUCCUAGCCAAUAACCGAGAGAAGCGAGGCCUCGCCUUGGACGGGAAGCUCAAGCAUGAAGACACGAACUUGGCCUCUAGCACCCUGUUGAGGGAAGGCGCCAACCGUGAGAUCCUGGGGAUCAUUGUUUCCUACAAAGUGAAAGUAAAGCUGGUGGUGUCUCGGGGCGGCCUGUUGGGAGAUCUUGCAUCCAGUGAUGUGGCUGUGGAACUGCCUUUCACCCUAAUGCACCCCAAGCCCAAAGAGGAACCCCCGCAUCGGGAAGUUCCAGAGAACCAGACGCCAGUAGAUACCAAUCUCAUAGAACUUGACACAAAUGAUGACGACAUUGUAUUUGAGGACUUUGCCCGCCAGAGACUGAAAGGCAUGAAGGAUGACAAGGAAGAAGAGGAGGACGGUACCGGCUCUCCACAGCUCAACAACAGAUAGAUGGGCCGGCCCUGCCUCCACGUGGCUCCGGCUCCACUCUCGUGCGCUCGGAUGCUUAUUCGUCUUCUUCCCGUUCUGGUUUAUUUUCCCCUUUGUUCUUCCAGUUUCUACCAGGGGGGCCUGUGGCCUUCCAGAUCACGGUGAUGAACCUCUGACCUCAGGAUUGGCCCCACAUCACCAUGCCAACAGGACCACAGCACACCGGCUCCACCCCAUCUCUGCCAUUGCCUCUCCACUCCCCUCCUUUUCAUUCUGUCUCCCAGAAAAGCUGCCAGGGUUCUGGCCUUGGAAUUGGACUUGAGAUGGGGAGCAGACAGGGGAGGAUGGGGCAUGCAGGACACGGUGUGGUGGGCAUGAGGGCUUGGAGGGGUGGGGAUGAGGGCUCAAGACACGAGAGAAGAUGUCCACGGUUCCAGGUGGUUAACAAAGUUCUGGCAGCUAAAAGAUGACCGCAUUGAAGGCCACCUCCUUCUGGCUGGGAGGGGCAGAUCUGUGGACAGAUUCUCAAUGCCUUUUUGAAGUUCUGACCCACCAAAGACCUUCUGCCUUCACCCUCCUCCCCACCCGAUGUCCCUCUGUGUCUGAUAGUGACGUUGGUGAAAGUUUGUAGACCACAGGAGUAGAGAAAAGCAACUGGAGUGACUUUCUUACCAGCAGUUACCUAGACUGAGGCAAGCUGUGUGGACUCAACAAAGUAUAUUUCAGUACUGUCAGGAUGUGACAUCUUAGCUACCUUGUAUUUCAAGUGCAUGGGCCUGUCUAGAGAUAUGCAGAGAGAAAAGCAGAGGGAGGGAGGGAGGGGGUCUUCAGCAAGCACCAGCCCGCAGCAGAGUUAGCUGAAGCUCUUGAUGAGGGUUCCCGAAGUGGGCCGCUGGGAGAUGGAGGCAGGGGGUGGGGAGAGGAGAGUCUGCCUUAUGUCCCUUCCUUGUGGACUUCACAUGGUCAUGUAGGAAGUGAGGAUGGGGGUCUAGCAGGGGCUGAGGCCACUAGUAUCCUCCUGCUUCCCCCUGCCAUUCUCCAGGGCUGGACUGAACCUGCAGACUGGGAGAGUGUGCCUGAGGCCACCAUGCCGCAAAGGGGGUCCUAUCCCAGAAGGUGGCAGCAUCCAUGGAGAUAUCCUCACCCAAAGGGAAGGAGGCUGCUGGGUAGCAAAUAAGCCCCUUCUUUUCUUGGGGAGUUGAUGACCUCCAGUAGCUCCCAGUGUCAUGGGUACCCAGUACGCAUUGGCUGGUGUUGGCGUGAUUGAGACCUAGGGCAAUUCCUGGGGCAAGAAGCCAGAUGGGAGAUGAGGUAGAAAGUGUUAGGAGUUAUCCUCUUUGCCUGGCCUUUGAGAAUAACUUACUGUGUGACUUUGGGCAAGUUCCUUCCCCACUCUGCGCCUCAGUUUCUCACUUGGGAAAGCAAGGAGUUUGACCAGAUGAUCACAAUGGGCCUUCCUAGCUCUGGCCACCAAGAAUUUGGGAAUGUUAGCACUCCUGGUCUGGUGGGUGGAUCCAGAGCUGCUGCCUGGUCUCUCUGUCUCCAGAGUGGAUUUAUUGGACCUCAGAGGUGGCAGGGCCCUAUGGAGCACCAACUCCCCUCAACUCCACCCCCUGCCCAGGACUGGGAAGGGAUUGAUGUCAGGCUGUGCCCAUAGCUAGCCUGAGUUGCCCAAGGAGGAGCAGAGCAUGUCUUUGCUGAGGCUUGGCUGAGGGGCUUGUGAUAGGGCCUGCAGUACCUCACUGCCCCCUGUGGAUGCAGACACCCUGAGGUUUACCCAAACAAAUACAUUGAUUAGCAGGACAAGGGCUCUCUCCUCAGUUUCUGCUCCCUUCCAUCUCUGUCCCAUACUUGUCUGAAAAGGGAGACAAAAAAAUCUUAUGCAAGUGGCA